GAAAUACGGCAGGCAGAAGUUGUUUUAAGAGUUACACGUGUGGAAAAUGUCUGACAAGCUUGUGUGUAUUAGUGAUUAUGAGCUUCAGGCUAAACAACUUUUACCCAAAGCAGUAUUUGACUAUUAUUUCUCAGGAGCAGAUGAGCAGCAAACUCUUUAUGAUAAUGUAGCAGCGUUCUCAAGGUGGCGUAUUUAUCCUCGUGUGCUCAGAGAUGUGUCCUCUGUGGAUAUGUCUACCACAGUUUUGGGUCAGAGAGUCAGUAUGCCCAUCUGUGUGGCAGCUACUGCAAUGCAACGAAUGUCACAUCCAGAUGGAGAAACGGCCACGGCCAGAGGUUGUCUGUCCUCUGACACAGGAAUGAUGUUGAGUUCGUGGUCCACCUCCACCAUAGAGGAAGUGGCGGAGGCCGCACCUGGAGCUGUGCGCUGGACGCAGCUGUACAUUUAUAAAGACCGAGCGCUGACUCAGUCUCUGGUCAGGAGGGCUGAAAAGGCCGGGUAUAAGGGUAUCUUUGUCACAGUGGACACACCUUAUCUUGGCAGACGACGCGAUGACGUGCGCAACCGAUUUAAGCUGCCCUCUCAUUUGAGAAUGGCCAAUUUCGAAUCCCCUGAUUUAGCGUUCGCCUCAAAAGAGGGUUACGGGGAGGACAGCGGCCUGGCGGUCUAUGUGGCGCAGGCUAUAGAUCCCACAGUGACAUGGGACGACAUCGCUUGGCUCAAGACCAUCACCUCUCUGCCCGUGGUGCUCAAAGGAGUUUUAAGAGCUGAAGAUGCCAGAGAAGCUAUGAAAUACGGCGUGGAUGGAAUACUUGUGUCAAACCACGGAGCAAGACAACUUGAUGGCGUUCCAGCUACUAUCGACGUCUUGUCUGAGAUUGUGGAGGCUGUGGAAGGGAAGGUGGAGGUCUUUCUGGAUGGAGGUGUACGUACAGGUACAGAUGUGCUGAAAGCUCUGGCGAUGGGGGCGAAAGCUGUGUUUGUAGGGCGACCCAUCCUGUGGGGACUGGCUUGUGAGGGUGAAAAAGGUGUUAGUAAUGUCCUUCAGUUACUGAGAGAGGAACUUCAUCGUGCAUUAGCGCUCACAGGGUGUCGUUCACUGAAGGAAGUGGAUAGAUCUCUCAUAAGAAGAUCUGAGCUCAUUUCAAAGAUCUGAUUUAAACUGUUGCAUGCUGGGUAAUUACACGUGUGCUUGAACCGUGACUGAUGAACUGAUGUUCCUAGAGUCAUGAAAAACUGAAUAAAUAAUAAAAAAUACAAAAAAGUAUUGAAA